AUGGGAUGCACUAUCUACGCAGCCAGCCCUAAGGCCCUGCCUGCGGACGAGGCAGCGGGCCAGGACGUGUACUACCAGCCCCCACACUGCCGCCACCUUCAUGGUAAUUGCAGUCAGAGGAUAGCAUCCAGGGCCAGGAGUAUGACUGAGCAGCAGGAGCACGCCGAAGAACCAGGCCUGCUCCCCGCACAAGACGUGGACGCCUCCAAAGACGAAGACGCGCACGGACACCUCAGGUUUCAUUUGAUUGAAGAGCUGUCCUAUGAAGAUGUCAAAAAAUGCUACCGUGGCUCGACUGUCAGCAAGUACAACUCGCAGUACCACAAACUGUUCCAGUGUGUGCCCAAGGAUGAGCUCCUUAUGAAAGUAUACUCCUGUGCUCUUCUUAGAGAUAUCCUCCUACAAGGCAGGCUUUACAUCUCUCGAAAUUGGCUGUGUUUCUAUGCCAACCUCUUCGGCAAAGAUAUCAAGGUGGCUAUCCCUGUUGUCUCUGUGCGGUUGGUGAAAAAGCACAAAACAGCGGGCCUGGUGCCCAACGGCUUGGCUAUCACCACAGACACCGGCCAGAAGUAUGUAUUUGUGUCACUUCUAUCAAGAGACAGUGUUUAUGACGUCCUUCGUCGGAUCUGCACACACUUACAGGUCAAUGGGAAGAGUCUGAGUUUAAAACAGUACAUGGAAGAGCCCACCUUAUCACUGGAUGAAUUCCCAACUCCUGAUGAAUUCCCAGUGGUGGAUGAAUUCUCGUCAGUGUUAAAGUGGAGAAGGAAGCCCUCGGUGGUGUCCGUGUCCUCGUCCCUCCCUGACCUGCUUGGGAACUCCAGCAGCAGUCUGAGCAAUGCAAAUGCAUCCUUCAAAUCAGAGCAGCCUCUGGAAGAGCGAGCCCUGCAGACAGACAGAGGCCUUUUAUCAGAGCCAGUGGCAGAGCUGGGCCAGAUGGAAUACCAGCUGCUCAAGUUCUUUACCCUGCUAAUCAUUCUCCUCAUCCUGUCUUCUUGCUACCUGGCAUUCCGUGUAUGCAGUUUGGAGCAGCAGCUCUCCUUUCUCAGCAACCCGCAUUUGCCCCUCAGGGAGAGGUCAUUAUAA